AUGACAAAUAAGUUAAAACAUAUUAUAAAUGUGAUUACAAACAUAGAAUUUUCAUUAGACCUUUCUGAAAAUUUUUAAACAAUAGCUAAGGCUAUUUGUAAUGUUUUAGAAUGUGAUAAAGCCCAUGUUUUUAUUUCUGAUUCGAAUAAUGGUGAAUUAUGGACUAAAAUAUCUAAAGGACUUGAAAUAUAAAAAGUUCAAUUUGGUUAAGGAAUAAUUGGCCAUGUAGCUAAUAGUAUGUAAAUUAUUAAUAUUAUAGAUGCAAAUAAGGAUAUUAGGUUUAACCGAUAAAUAGAUAAGAAAGAUAAUUACAUUACGAGGUCUAUGGUAUGUAUGCCUUUAUUUGAUAAUGAAAACGGAAAUUUAUUAGGAGUUGUUGAAGCUGUUAAUAAAAACGGCGGUUUUUUUACAAAAGAUGAUGAGGGUUAUUUAUAAAUAAUUGGAAUGAAUGCAAUGAGUAUUUUGAAUAAUUCCAUAAAUUUUUAUGAGACGAGAAAAAAUGAAGGGAUUAUUAAAAAUAUACUAAAAAUGUCUAUAGAAUUAAAUGAAUGUAAUAAUAUCAGUUAAUUCGUUUUGGAAAUUUGUUAAAAAAUAUAGGGAUAUUUGAAUAUUUAAGAUGUUAAAAUUUAUAUUUUAGAUUAAUAAAAUAAUAAAAUAUUUACAUUUGAUAAUUAAGAAAAUAAGAUUGAGUUUGAAAAAAAUAAUGGAAUAGUCGGAUUUACAAUUAAUUAGGAGAAAAAUUAGAUUAUAGAUAAUGCUUAUAAUCAUGUAAAUUUCAACUCUAUUGUUGAUAUUAAUACUUCUUUGCCAGUUUUAAAUCAUAUUAUUUGGAAUACUAAAGGUAAGAUAUUGGGAGUUAUUUAGAUUGUGAAUUAAAUUGGAAUAUAGAAUAUUAUCAAAAAUAAUAAAGUUUAUAUAAACACUGAUUUAGAUACUCAUUUAAACAUUAUAUGUGAAAUAUUAAGCUUCAGAAUUUCUUAAUUUUUAAAAAAUAUUUGA